ACAUCCAGACCCACAGCCGGCCGCCUGCCAGCGCCGGGACCGCACAGCACCGAGCACCCGCCCGACUGGCGACGCGCGCCGACCUGGCCUCCACGUGCCCCGCGCGGGGGUUUCCGCGUCCUCUGGGCGGAGCCGGAAGAGGAAGUCGGCGCUACAGCGGCGGCCCCAACAGCAGCGGCGGCCCGCGCCUCCCCGCGCCGUCCGCGCCCGUCCGCCCCGGCCACGGAGGCAGUGCCGCGGCGGGACCUGGAACCUGUGCCCGCCGAGAAGCGCCGCGCCGCUGAGCGCCCAGCAGUCCGAUGGGGCCGCAGCGGCCGCUGCCCACGGCCGCGACCGCCCUGCUCUGGGGCUUCCUGCUCCCGCUGACAGCUGCUCAGGAAGCAAUCCUGCAUGCGUCUGGAAAUGGCAGACCUUUACCAUCUAAGGACUACUGCAUGCUAUAUAACCCUCAUUGGACGGCUCUUCCAAAUACCCUAGAAAAUGCAACUUCCAUCAGUUUGAUGAAUCUGACUACCACACCACUAUGCAACCUUUCUGAUAUUCCACCUGAUGGAAUAAAGAGCAAAGCAGUUGUAGUACAGUGGGGAACCUGCCAUAUUCUUGAAAAAGCCAGAAUUGCACAAACAGGAGGUGCUGAAGCAUUGUUGGUUGCCAAUAACAGUGUCCUAUUUCCUCCCUCAGGGAACAAAUCUGAAUUUCAUGAUGUGAAAAUACUGAUUGCAUUUAUAAGCCGCAAAGACUUUAUAGAUAUGAAGCAGACUCUUGGAGAUAACAUUACGGUAAAAAUGUAUUCUCCAUCAUGGCCUAACUUUGACUAUACUAUGGUGGUUAUUUUUGUAAUUGCUGUGUUCACUGUGGCAUUAGGAGGAUACUGGAGCGGACUAAUUGAAUUGGAGAGCAUGAAGGCAGUGACAAACACUGAAGACAGAGAAAUGAGGAGAAAGAAGGAAGAAUAUUUAACUUUUAGUCCUCUAACAGUUGUAAUAUUUGUGGUCGUGUGCUGUGUUAUGAUGGUCUUACUUUAUUUCUUCUACAAAUGGCUGGUGUAUGUUAUGAUAGCAAUCUUCUGCAUAGCAUCAGCAAUGAGUCUGUACAACUGUCUAGCUGCACUCAUUUGUAAGAUACCAUGUGGACGAUGCACGAUUAUAUUUCGCGGCAAGAGCAUUGAAGUGCGACUUAUUUUUCUCUCUGGACUAUGCAUAGCAGUAGCUGUUGUUUGGGCUGUAUUUAGAAAUGAAGAUAGGUGGGCUUGGAUUUUACAAGAUAUCUUAGGGAUCGCUUUCUGUCUGAAUUUAAUUAAAACACUGAAGUUACCCAACUUCAAGUCAUGUGUGAUACUUCUAGGUCUUCUCCUCCUCUAUGAUGUGUUUUUUGUUUUCAUAACACCCUUCAUCACAAAGAAUGGCGAGAGUAUCAUGGUUGAACUUGCAGCUGGACCUUUUGGAAACAAUGAAAAGAAUGAUGGAAACUUGGUGGAAGCCACUGCUCAACCCUCAGCUCCCCAUGAGAAAUUACCAGUAGUCAUCAGGGUACCAAAGCUGGCCUAUUUCUCAGUAAUGAGUGUGUGCCUCAUGCCAGUUUCAAUACUGGGUUUUGGAGACAUUAUUGUACCAGGCCUGUUGGUUGCAUAUUGUAGAAGAUUUGAUGUUCAGACUGGUUCUUCUUCUGUAUACUAUGUUUCCUCCACAAUCGCCUAUGCUGUUGGCAUGAUACUCACAUUUGUUGUUCUGGUGCUGAUGAAAAAGGGGCAGCCUGCCCUCCUCUAUUUAGUUCCUUGCACACUUGUUACUGCCUCAGUUGUUGCCUGGAGACGUAAGGAAAUGAAAAAGUUCUGGAAAGGUAGCAGCUAUCAGGUGAUGGACCAUCUGGACUAUGCAACAAAUGAAGAAAACCCUGUGACUGCUGGGGAACAGAUUGUUCAACAAUAAUAUUAUGUUGACCUGCAAUAAUGUGUCAGUUGAUUUUCUACGAAUAGAGUUUGACUUUUUAAAUUGACUUUUGAAUUGACAAUCUUAAUGAAUCUUCAGUGAUAUGCUUGCAAAUAUAUAUUUUUAAAAGCUGGUACUGACAAUUACAUCAAAUAAUUGAAACACAUUUGCUUUUAACUAUGUUAAAGUUGUGCCUUCACAUUAAAUAAAAGCAUAUGGUCUGUGUAAUUUUGAAGAUCUGUUAUAUACAGUAUAUUUUUCUAAAGAACUGUCUUGACCCACCCUAUACUUUCUUACUGAAAUGUUUCUUUCAACUCCUAGUAAUAGAUAAAAGUACUUCUGUCAGAGUUUCUGAACAGAUUUUACUGUCAAGAGUUAUGCAAAUUUUAUUCUCUGUAGAAAUAACUGCCUAAGACCAUGUUAGAAAGCAGUUCAGUGAUGAAACUUUGGACCUUUUCACUGCAGAGGUUAGAAAAAUAUAAUUGGGGAAUAUAUAUAAAUGGGUAUUUUUGUAACAUAAGUUUUUUUUAAGUCCCAGUCUUUUUUAAACUUGAAAAUCUAAAAUACUUUAGUCUGCCUAUGUAUUAUAUUAAAAUAUUUUUCAGAUAUAAAGAAACAUAAUAUAUAGAACUAGUCAUUAAAAGGACACAGAAACUGAAAUCCGCAGUUUUCAGUGGUCUGUUUUUCUUGAAGAGGUAGCUUAAAUUUCUUCACUAACAUUCAGUUUUGUCAUGGUAUUCCUUAUCUCUGAAAUUUGGUUCUGUUGAUGUUCAGGCUUGAAAUUUGUAAAAAGUAUUUAUCAACUUCUGUGUUAACACGGGUGGCUCAUUGUGUGAGUACAGCAGCCCUAACAGUCUCUCCUCACCCCCUCAACCACCACCUUUUUUUUCCUAAUUCCCACUCCAUCCCCUAUAAGAAACCAAUGUUAAUCUUUUAUAUUUUGAUGAAGGAUGGUUUAAUAUGCAAAGUGUGCUUCAGAGGAAAGAAAUGGAGACAAAUAGGAGACUGGAUUAGUCCCAAUUUACUGACAAUACAAGAAUCUGAGUAAAUUAUUUUACCUCAAAACCCUUGUAUCUCAAUUUUCAUAUCUGCAAAAUGAGUAAGUUAGACCAACUAAUCACUCUGGUAACUUCCAACUUGAAAAAUAUCUUUCUCAUUCUUUGCUGAAUCUCAGUGUGACCUUGAAUAUUAUCCUGGAAGUCGAGGUUGAAGUAUCUUUCCACUGUCUUUUGUUUUAAGAAAUUCCCAAAUGAUGAGUGAUUUCAACAGCAGCAGGAUUUUGCAUUUCUCUGUAAGUAAUGUACAAGAUUGUGAAUAAGUCUGUGAUCUUUCAUUCUAAGGCAAUUUCAGCUGAUUAAAAGAUAAAGCUAAUGCCUUUUAAAAAUGGAUUUGAUCUUUGAUGUUUGUAGUAAACUUAAUAUUUGAGGGAGUUAGAUGUUUAAUUUUGUUUCAUUAACUUUUGCUAAAUAAACUAUAGAUAGAGAAGCUCCCUGAGAGUCUGCCCCUCUUUGCUCUUAGUGUACUUAUGGGUCCUUUGGUUUAUGGCAAAAUGACGGUAAGUAUCUGUCAAGUAAGAGUUAAUUUUGCCUCCAUAAUACCAAGUUUGGAUUUUUUCCAAAGAAUCUAAUUUAUUUGGCAGACUCUGAUAGAACAGAUUAAGUGCCAUUUUAAAGCUCCAACUAUAUUUUCAUUUAUAAUAUCAAUAAAAUGUUUGCCAAAAUACAGUUUUUUUAGUAAAAUUAUCUGUACUCAUCCCAACUUUAUGAUAUUUAAAAGCCUCAACCACAUUUUAUGUAGAAUAUUAAAGAAAAUCUUACAUCUAGAAAUGUGAAAUCUUAGUUCUUUGAUAGAGUCUACUUUAUCCAAUCAUAAGUUAUCAGAGGUAAAACUUUAUUCUAGUUUGCUAUUAAGAUGUUAUCGAUUAAAUGAAAAUAAGAAACAAAAAGUGAAAUUCCACAGGUUUCUCCAUUCUCAGUGUCAACUUUAUUUGUAUUCAAAGAAUACUUCUAGCAACCUAGCUGAAAAUAUUUUGAGAAAUUACAGUAAAGUGCAGAAAUAUUUUGUUUUGGAAAUCAAAAUGAACAAAAGGUGAGGGAGAUGGAGGUUUGGCUUUAAAAGGCUGUGUCAUUUCUUCCCCUCAUCCUCCCACCACCUAUCACUUGAAGGGGAAGAGAGUUGUUUUUUUCCUAAACAUGUCUUUAAAUGAGUGAGAGAUAUAGUAUUAUUACUUACUGCAAAAAAAUAUAAUUUAUUACUUUUUAGAAAGUGUCAAUUAAUAUUUUGUAGUUUAUCAAACAAAGAACUAAAUAAUCUCAAAUAGAAAUAUAGGUGAUUUUUACUUCACUUUAGGUCAGCAAAGGUAAAUACGAACGUUUUGGUGAAAGACCGCGGUAUUCUGAUACACUCUAUUUUCUUCCAGCUUGUAGAUUUUUAGAUUAGCAGUACCUUAGUAGAAUCUGUGAUUUACUUUUGAAGGAAGAGAAUUUUAACCCAUGCACUGUUGGCAUUUAUAGAUUUUAGUUUCAUGACCAUAGAGGUUUUUGUAAGAUGGUACAUUUAAAGUAAAUACUCAAAAUGAGCUUUCCAGUUUUACUUUGCUCUUUCAGUUUCUCCCAUAGGUAUAAUCAAACAUUUCCACAUUUGACCGAAAAACACUUGAACUAAUGUUAUGUAAGCUUGGUUUCUAGAAUUUCGAUCUGAUUAUCUGGCUCAGCCAAUGAGAUUUCAAAAACAGGAAUUGCAUUUCAGACCAGUGGAAUGCACUAGUAUGAAAGGGUUUAUGUUUUCCCAUUAAUAAGGAAAAAAGUUAAAUGAUGCCAAAUAACCAAUUCUGCAGUUUAAAAUUUUUAUUUUCAGUGCUCUCUUUACCUGAGGACAAUCCUAAAGGGGGGUGGUUAGGAUAAUGUAAAUAAAAUCAAAAUACUGAAUAUAAAUCACUUUUUGCUUUCUAGAAGAAAGAUACUCUGUAAAUUCAAGUGACCUGAGUCAAAUUACUCAACCUUUUGGAAUUGGAAAGAAAUUGUGUAGUACUCACGGUUUGGGAUGCUGAAAUUUCAGAGUAAACAAAAUGAUUCAUAGAGUAAUGUACAGGCCAUAUGAUCAUAAACACCAUGUUUAUAUAUUUCCUUGUUUAAUGUUGCCAUAUUUGAGGACAACUUUACAUCUAUAAGUGUUCAUUGGCGGGAAAGUUAUUUUUAAAUCAAAUUUUUAUAACAGUCCUCCAUUAUUGCAAUUGAGACAACUA